UAAUUCCUCUCUAAAUCUCUUUCUAGUUUGGUAGCUGCGGCGAAGUUGGUAGAAGUUGAAGAAAAUCAACGAAAUGGUGCAGCCAAAAAUCGCGCCGUCUAUGCUAUCAUCGGACUUCGCAAAUCUAGCAUCGGAGGCGGAACGGAUGAUCCGAUGCGGCGCGGAUUGGCUGCAUAUGGAUAUUAUGGAUGGUCAUUUCGUGCCGAACCUCACAAUUGGGGCUCCAGUGAUAGAGAGCCUGAGAAAGCACACACAAGCGUAUUUAGAUUGCCACCUGAUGGUAACAAAUCCUAUAGAUUAUGUUGAGCCGUUUGGAAAAGCAGGUGCUUCUGGUUUUACGUUUCAUGUAGAAGUCUCUAAAGAUAACUGGCAAGAACUUGUGCAAAAGAUCAAGUCAAAGGGUAUGAAGCCUGGAGUUUCCUUGAAGCCUGGAACCCCGGUUGAAGAGGUCUUCCCACUGCUUGAGGGUGAAAAUCCCGUGGAGAUGGUUCUCAUUAUGACAGUAGAACCUGGAUUUGGUGGGCAAAAGUUUAUGCCAGAAAUGAUGGAUAAGGUUCGUGUUCUGCGAAAGAAGUAUCCAUCACUCGACAUAGAGGUCGAUGGCGGGUUAGGACCUUCGACAAUCGAUCUGGCUGCUUCAGCAGGAGCAAACUGCAUUGUUGCGGGGAGCUCAGUAUUUGGAGCUCCAGAUCCUGCUCAUGUUAUAUCACUACUGUACAAGAGUGUAGAGAAUGCCCAGAAAAGUAGUUAGCUACUCCGGGGGACGAGGAUGGCGACCUAUAAUCUAUUGCUUUGAACUGUAUUAUUACGGUCUAUUUUGGGAUUAUAGUUAUUUGAUAAUUAAAAUACAUCUAUGUCAAGUUUAUUACCAUGUUCACAUAUUUAGAUCAGUGUUUUUGAAGACAUUGCUUGUAUUGUGAUUCAGGUGUCUGUAUGUUUUGGACCUUACUCUUGAUGCUGUGUGCGCCACAUGCUUACAAAUGAAAUUUCUACUCUCCUCA